AUGAGCUCUUGGCACAGCAGAGAUGUGAUCUGUGCUUGAGCUUGUCACCAGCAUCUGACAGGAGGAUUUGGCCUCCAGAUGCUUUUCCUCCUGGUCAGAAAGUUCAAGCUCUCCUUUGAGCAAGAGAGGUGUUGGUGGGAUGCAGCAGCUGUUUCUAGAUCUUCUCUGAACUGCCGGUUUUAUCUGAGUGCCUCAAAGAACCACAGACUACUGAUGCCUUUCCUCUCCCGUUUACAGCUUGCCCUGUCCAGAUCCAUCUCCUUGGGCGACCCCACCAAGCCACAGAGGAACUCCACUUCUAUAUUAAAAGAAGAUAAAGAGACGUUUGGGUUUGAAAUCCAGACCGUCAGGUUCCCACACCAGAAUGAUUUCUCCCUGGAGGUGUGCACGUGUGUCUGCAGGAUCCAGGAGGAGAGCCCUGCCCACCGCUCUGGCCUCCAGACUGGUGACAUCCUCACCUGCAUCAACGGCGUCAACGUCGAGGGCUUUGGGCACAAGCAAAUAGUGGACUUGAUAAAGUCUUCAGGGAACUACUUGAGGUUAGAGACUGUCAACGGGGCCUUCUUCCUGAGGAAAAUGGAGCUGGAGACCAAACUGCGGGCUCUCAAGCAGGCGCUGCACCAGCGCUGGGGAGAGCUGCGGGCGCUGCUGGCCCGGGAGCGGCUCCUGCUGCACGGAGCGGGCAGCGGCGGCGAGUGA